AUGUUCAAUAUAUUAUUUCUACAACUAAUUUUUUUAAAUAUUAUUAUAAUUAAUACUAGUAGUAAAUCUCCAAUAAGACAAUAUCAAACUAUUUUUAAUAAACCACAAUUUUAUUAUCAACAACAAAAACAAGAAGAAACACUUUCAGGUCAAAAAUGGUAUUACUCAUCAAAUCAACAACCAUCAGCUUAUUCAUGGUAUUGGACAAAUAAUGAUAUACCAUCAUCAAAUUUUUAUAAAAAUACAUUACCUAAUCAACAAGCUGAUCAAUUAUCAAAUUGGGCUUGUGGAAGAAGUCAAGUAACAAAUCGUUUUGGACGUAUUAUGGGUGGACAAAAUGCUGUACCACAUUCAUAUCCAUGGAUGGUUUCACUAGCUAAACGUUCAUUAAAUAAUUUACAUUUAUGUGGUGGUGUUCUAUUAACAAGACGUCAUGUUUUAACAGCUGCACAUUGUAUAGAAGAUUUUAAAGGAAUAUCAGAUAUUAAUAUAUUAGCUGGUAUACAUUAUACAAAUGAAAAAAAAACUCCCAUAUCAGCAUUAUCAAUUGAUAUACAUCCUCAAUAUGAUUCAGAAACAUUUGCUAAUGAUGUAGCAAUAAUAACAUUAGAUACAUUAUUACCUGAAAAUGAUCCACGUAUAGGAACAAUUUGUUUACCACCUAAUGAUAUGAUGGGAAAAAGUUAUCCACCUGUUAAAUCUUCUGCAGUAGCUAUUGGUUGGGGUUCAACAUCAUUUGGUGGUCGUCCAUCAGAAUCACUUAAACAAGUUGUUUUACCUCUUCUUGAUACAACAAAAUGGCCAUGUAAUAUAUAUGUAACUCAUGCUCAAGGACAAAUCUGUGCAGGAGAACUUAAUGGUGGUAUUGAUACAUGUCAAGCUGAUUCAGGUGGACCAUUAAUGGUAGAAAAUUCAGAUAGCCGUUGGGAAAUAAUAGGUAUUACAUCAUUUGGAAAGUCAUGUGGUAAACCGGAUACACCUGGAAUUUAUACACGUGUAGGUACUUAUAAUAGUUUUAUUCGAUCAAUUAUAGAUCUUUCAAGAAAUAGACAUUAUUAUUCUUCUGCUUUACCAAUAUAUUCAAAUAAUUUUAUUCUCAGUAUUUUUUUGAUAGUAUCUUUUAUAGUGUGA